GAAACCAAUCGUAGCAGUGAUCUUUCUUGUGCCUCUCAGCGUCAAACUAGGGUUGCACCCCUCACUGCUUCCAGCUAUGAACACACAAAAGGUAAGUAAUACAUUUAUGCCAUUGUGUAUGUGUGAUAUAUGUUUUUCAGUGCAUUUUCGACAAGGAGUGAAGUCGUUAACGUUUCGCACACAUGAUCUGGAACACCCCGCAACUGGUGACAUAAAUGGAAAUAUACAUCCCCAGAUACAAAGCGGAAGACAGUCAGCAACAUUGUCAUCACUUCAUAACAGGCCACAGUCACAGCCAUAUUCAGAGCAGUCAACGUAUGAACACAACAAUCCUGCCCAGCUGGUGAAUAAUCAAUCAAAAGAUAUCCACCACUGCAAUGACAACCUGUGCACAGAGUAUUUGAAACCGGCUGAACUAAGACGGUUUAGGGAUUGUACGAGACGUCGGCGGAGCAGACACGAAAAUGGGACGUGCAGAUUCACUGACAGGGCAGUCCGCGACGCUGUCGCACUGGCAAGUUUUCCUGGCUCAGGCAGUACAUGGGUCAGAGGUCUUCUUGAGAAAGCAACGGGCAUUUGCACAGCUGGCUCUGAUCCAAGUCAACCC